AUGGCUAACAAGAGGAUUCUCGUUAUCGCGGGGAGUGAUAGUAGUGGUGGUGCUGGCCUCGAGGCCGACCAGAAAGUUAUCGCCGCUCAUGGCUGCUAUGCCAUGACCGCUACCACGGCUUUGACUGCUCAAAAUACGACAGGCGUCGAUGACAUACACCAUGUCCCUCCUGAGUUCGUAAGGAAGCAAAUUGAUGCUGUUUUCAGGGAUAUUCAGCCUGGAGUCGUAAAAACUGGGAUGCUGGCAUCUGCACGAACUAUCGAAAUAGUUGCAGAGGCAUUGAAGGAAUAUGAAGUCGAGAGGUUGGUAUUGGAUCCUGUCAUGGUCGCGACUACUGGCGCACAAUUACUACCUUCACAAGCUGUGAAUGAGCUACGAACUCUGCUCUUGCCGCAGACUUUCAUCCUUACCCCAAACAUCCCCGAGGCCCAACUCCUACUUUCUGAUGAUGGCAAGGAGACGGUCGAAAUUCAACGUAUUGAAGACUUGGAGGUAAUCGCUCGAAAAGUACUGGAAUUGGGACCGAAGUGGGUUCUCAUCAAAGGCGGACAUGUUCCUUUUAAGAAGGACGGCUCUGUAGCUACGACCCCCGAAGAAAGAGAACUUGUCGUUGACCUCUUGUUCGGGGAAGGCCGGGCCACGAGAAUCGAAAGCCCAUAUAUCGAGUCGAAGAAUACGCAUGGGACAGGGUGUUCGCUCGCUUCGGCCAUCGCCUCUAACCUCUCUAGGGGAUUGCAACCCGUGGAAUCCGUUAGAGCAGCGUGUCGAUACGUUGAAGCCGGCAUCAAAUCGGCACCCGGAUAUGGGAAAGGCAAUGGUCCAAUCAACCAUUUUCAUUCGACUUUGACGCUCCCUUUUUCGCCUGGACAUUUCAUAGACUAUAUUCUCGAACGACCUGAUGUAUCACCGGUGUGGCAGCGUUUCAUCGACCACCCAUUCGUUCUCGGCCUCGGGAACGGCGAACUACCGCUCGCUUCAUUCAAGGGUUAUUUAGUACAAGAUUACCUAUACUUGGUCCAGUUUGCCAGAGCAAAUGCAUUGGCAUCAUACAAGUCCAAGAAUAUGGAAGAUAUUGCGGCGGGGGCCAAAAUCGUAUCGCAUAUCCAUACGGAGAUGAAGCUACACAUCGACUAUUGUAAGGGAUUCGGUAUAUCGAAAGAGGAGAUAGAGGCGACCGAAGAACUCCAAGCAUGUACCGCGUACACGAGAUAUGUUCUGGAUAUCGGACAGUCGGAAGAUUGGCUCGGUCUCCAGGUCGCUCUUGCUCCUUGUCUCCUUGGUUACGGUGCUAUCGCGAAAUACCUUCAUAGCGACCCGAGAACGAAGACGGACGGUAAUACGUACUGGAAGUGGAUCUUGAACUAUGUUGCAGAGGACUAUGUGCAGGCGGUAAAGACCGGAUCUGAACUCAUGGAAAAGAAUGCUGUCUUGCAGUCCCCGUCGAGGAUAGAAGAGCUUGUCAAAAUCUUCAUCCAUGCUACCAAGAUGGAGAUCGGGUUUUGGGAAAUGUUCCCCAACGGCUAUGGCAACGGUGGCGGCGGUGGUUACGGAGGUGGUUAUGGCGGAGGAGGCGGCGGUGACCGCAUGUCCAACCUCGGAGCUGGUCUACACAAGCAGGAUUGGGAUCUAAGCAGCCUUCCCAAGUUCGAGAAGUCCUUCUAUAAGGAAGAUGAGGCCGUCGAGCGACGACCUGCUAGCGAAGUCGAGCGAUUUCGCCGGGAUCACCAAAUCACCAUCUCUGGCAGCAACGUUCCUAAGCCCGUAGAGACUUUCGACGAGGCGGGCUUUCCCCGAUAUGUGAUGGACGAAGUUAAGGCACAGGGCUUCCCUGCCCCUACUGCCAUUCAAUCUCAAGGUUGGCCAAUGGCGCUUUCCGGUCGUGACGUCGUCGGUAUUGCCGAGACGGGCUCUGGAAAGACCCUUACCUACUGUCUACCUGCUAUUGUUCACAUUAACGCCCAACCUCUUCUGGCACCUGGCGAUGGCCCCAUCGUCCUCGUUCUCGCCCCGACGCGUGAACUGGCUGUUCAGAUUCAGCAAGAGAUUACCAAGUUCGGCAAGUCCUCUCGCAUCCGCAACACCUGUGUCUACGGAGGUGUUCCUCGUGGUCCUCAAAUCCGAGACCUGACUAAGGGUGUUGAGGUUUGUAUCGCCACACCUGGUCGUUUAAUCGACAUGCUCGAAGGCGGUAAGACCAACCUUCGCCGAGUAACCUACCUUGUUCUCGACGAGGCUGAUCGUAUGCUGGACAUGGGUUUCGAGCCCCAAAUUCGCAAGAUUAUCAGCCAGAUUCGCCCUGACCGUCAAACUCUCAUGUGGUCUGCAACCUGGCCUAAGGAGGUCCGCGCUCUGGCCGCCGAGUUCCAAACCGACUUCAUCCAAGUUAACAUUGGUUCGAUGGACUUGUCUGCUAACCAUCGUAUCACCCAAAUUGUUGAGGUUGUAUCUGAGGCUGAAAAGCGUGAUCGCAUGAUUAAGCAUCUCGAGAAGAUCAUGGAUGACAAGGAGAACAAGGCCCUACUUUUCGUAGGUACUAAACGAACAGCAGAUGAGAUUACUCGAUUCCUCCGCCAAGAUGGCUGGCCCGCACUCUCAAUUCACGGUGAUAAGCAGCAAAACGAACGCGACUGGGUUCUUGACCAGUUCAAGACUGGAAAGAGUCCUAUUAUGGUUGCCACAGACGUCGCUUCGCGUGGUAUUGAUGUGCGCAACAUCACUCAUGUGAUCAAUUAUGACUACCCGAACAACUCGGAAGAUUAUAUCCAUCGUAUCGGCCGAACUGGUCGUGCUGGCGCCAAGGGAACCGCCAUUACUCUCUUUACUGCUGACAAUUCUAAGCAGGCUCGUGACUUAGUCUCGGUUCUUCAAGAAGCGAAGCAGCAGAUUGACCCCCGACUACAUGAGAUGGCUCGCUAUGGCGGUGGCGGUGGCGGAGGCCGUUACGGCGGACGAGGCUACGGCCGAGGCGGUCACCGAGGUGGUCGCGGAGGUGAUGGCGGUGGUGCCAACGCCAUGCCUAUCAACAACCGACGAUGGUGA